AUGAGUUCAAAUCAAGAGUGGUCCCAAGAUAUAUUAAAACAAUUGAAUCUACGAGACUCUCGGGAAAAAAACCAUGAGAUUGAUGCUAGAUAUUUCAACGCCUUCCAGCAAUUGUCUCAAAAAUUGAAUCAAUUAUCCACAACAACAAAUACUCUUCUACAGGACCAAUCAAGCAAUUCAGAAACUUUGACAAAUCUAAUAAACUCUAAAGAAAUUGAAAACUUGAAACUUGAAAACACCGAGUUGAUAACUAACUUAAAUAAUUUAAUUAUCAAUAAUGAAAAACUAACACAAACAAUCAAUGCCAGAGAUCAAACCAUAAAAUCAUUAACCAAAAUCAACGACAAAUUGAAUAAUAAAAUUGAUGCAUUAAAUUUGGAAAUAAACGAGAAAAACAAAACUAUAGAAUUGAUUAAUGAUGAAGUAUUGACAAAUCAAAUACAAUUGAAUGUAUUGAGAAGUAAACUAGAGUUGUUGGAGAGGUAA